CGGCAUGUGUUGAACAGACUUGUUGCCAACAACACCAGGCGAUUAUUCUGUGAAUGGUCAAGCAGUGAAAAAAACCAGUAUGAGUGAAGGUUGUGAAGACAGAUACUGCUUCAUUGCAGAGUGGUAUGAUCCACACGCUGCAUUUAAACGGAGGUACCAGUUCAUGUACUACGUAAAGGACAAAACUGUGGAGAUGUUUGAUGUUAAGAAUCACAGGGUGUUUCUGAAAAGAACUAAGAUGGAUGAGCUGAGAUUGGAGGAUCUCUACAUCAACAGCACUCUCAACGUUUUCUCCAGACAACUCAAUUUUGUAGAUUAUGGUGAUGAGUUCACAAGAAGGAAAUUAGCCAACAAGAAAGAGAGGACACUGGGUUUAAUCAAACCAGAUGCAGUGCCAAAAAUGGGCCAGGUUCUGGACGUCCUUUUUAAGAAUGGUUUCCUGAUUGCCAACAUGAAGAUGUGUCGUCUGAAUCGUACUGAAGCCCUGGAAUUUUACCAGGAACACCAAGGAAAGACAUAUUUUGAUACUCUGUUGAACUACAUAACCAGUGGCCCAAUUAUAGCUAUAGAGUUGAUGGGCCCAGACUGUGUCUCACAAUGGACUGACCUCCUUGGACCCACAGAUCCAGCCACUGCAAGGACCCAGGCACCAAAUUCCAUCAGGGCCAGAUUUGGGAAAGAUUCUAUACAGAAUGCCUGUCACGGUUCCGAUAGCAUUGGAGCAGCAGCCAGAGAAAUAGAAUUUUUCUUCCCAUCAAAUGGCAGUCCUGUACAAAAAUCCACAGCCAUAUUCUCAGAUUGUACAUGCUGUGUGAUAAAACCACACGCAGUUAAAUCAGGGGCAGCAGGAGACAUUAUCAGCAAGAUAAUGGAGGCUGGAUUUGAGAUCUCAAUGCUUCAAGUGUUUCACAUGGAGAAGGCCAAUGCAGAAGAAUUCUACGAAGUUUACAAGGGUGUUGUUCAAGAAUAUGGUGAAAUGGUGAAUGAGCUUACCUCUGGACCUUGUAUUGCUUUAGAGAUUCGUGCCAAUGAUGCCCCAAAAGCCUUCAGGGAUAUGGUUGGCCCAGCAGAUCCUGAAAUAGCCCGCCAUCUACGACCCAGGACAUUGAGAGCUAAAUUUGGAAAUAACAAGAUACAGAAUGCUGUCCACUGUACAGACCUCCCAGAGGAUGGAGAACUAGAGGUUGAAUAUUUCUUCCGAAUCCUGGGUUGCUGAUUCAGAGAGAAACGGAGUACGCCAUCAUUUUAAAGAGUGGAUAAAAAAAACCUUUAAACUUGAGAAGGAAACAUUUUACAACAGCUACUUUAGUGUUGUUGCAGGACAGGUGAUUCAUAAGACCAUUAUAGACUGUUGGUCCGUGGAGGAACUGACUGCAUAUACAGUGCUGUGUUAAUCAUUAUAAACAUGAUAAAAAUCUGUGAUCUUUGUAUAAACAACCUUUUAUACGCCAUGAAAAUCUUACAUUGUAAAACAUAGAUGGAAGGAUGUCUAUGCAGUAUCUAUGUAAAUACUUACCCAUGAAUACAUUAUUUAACUAUAAA